AUGGACUUUGUGCUGCAAAGGCUGUGUGUACUUUCUGCUAGUUGGCACGCUUUGAUUACCAGUUUGAACCAGAUCGAUCACAAAAAAUCCACAGCUCUAGUGCUUAUCGCUACUACUGCUCUGCUGCUGUAUAAGAAUCGGAAACGACUUUGGAAAACAAUGGAGUCUUUCGGUAUGGCUGGUGGCGACCUGGCGCGUGGGCUUCGAAACGGUUAUGGCAAUCGCACCUUCAACAGAUGGGGUUCGAAAAACUCUGCGCAGGAACAGAAGAUGUACGAGCGUGGUGGGUACGUUGGUGGUCUUGUGAAUGAUGGCAAUACAUGUUUCAUGAACUCGGUUUUGCAGAACUUGGCGUCGUCGAAAGCUUUGCUUCGAUUUUUGGACGAAGAAGUGCUCGAGGCUCAUCGAGAAGCUGAAGAAACUGCUGCCGGAGAAUCGACCACAGAUGAACAAUCCAAGGAAGAUACUGCUACUGUUAAAGAGGCUGUCAAGGCAAAGGGACCGAAAAAGAAAACAUAUGGUAAACGCAAGAAAAGACAGAGCAGAGUAACAGAAAAGGAGCUCGCAGAGUCAGAAGGAGACGGAGACGCUGUAGAUUUAGUCUUCAGUACAACUUUGAAAGAGCUCCUAGACAAGCUCAAUGAAAAACAUGGUAGAGAGAGACCCUUUUUCAGGACUAACAAACUUCUUAAAACUAUGUCCAAGGCUCCCAAUAAAAGUUUACUUUUAGGUUACGAUCAAGAAGAUGCGCAGGAAUUUUUCCAGACUAUUUUGUCGGAACUUGAAAAAAAUGUCAAGUCUCUAUAUGGCAAACCCACCCCAGCGGACAGUGAACCUGUUCCAGCAACCCGACUUUCAGAAGAUGCAGUUGUGGGUCAGCAGCAUUUGGGAAAUAUUGGGACUGUGUAUUUGCCCACAGAACAAAUUGAGCCCAACUCUGUUUUGGCUCAGGAUUCUGAACAAUGUUAUACACCUUUUAAAUUGAUGACACCGCUUGAUGGUAUCACCGCCGAACGUAUUGGCUGUCUGCAAUGUGGUGAAAAUGGUGGUAUACGUUACUCUGUCUUCUCAGGCUUGAGUUUGAAUUUGCCUAGCGACAACAUGGGUACGAGUUUGAAAUUGUCCGGGCUGUUGCAUGAGUGGUCGAAACCUGAGAUCAUUGAAGGUGUGGAAUGUAAUAGAUGUGCAUUAAGCGCUGUUUUGCAACAUCUAGAGGGAACUUUAGCGCAAUACCAGGCCGCUGAAACCGUCUCUGAAAAACUUCUUAGCGCCGUAAAUUCCAGGGUCCAGCAACUCAGAGAGAUCCUGGCCAAACCUGUAGUGGCAGAUGAUGACUACAAGAAACUGCAUACCGAAAAUAUGGUGCAAAAAACGUCAAAAUCGAAACAAAUUUUGAUUUCAAGGCCUCCGCCUCUUUUGUGUAUUCAUAUCAACAGGUCCGUCUUUGAUGUGCGCACUUACAUGAUAAGGAAAAAUAACUCAAGAGUUCUUUUCAAAUCUAAGCUCAACCUUGCGCCAUGGUGCUGCGAUAUUGGAGAAAUUAAUCUGGAUGCCCGUCUUCCGAUGUCGAAAAAGGACCAACGACAGAUGGAGUCGUCUGAAGACGAAGCUGUAGGUGGUGAGUUUUUUGCUCAAUUGCACCGCCGUUAUGAGGAAGAGUUCGACGACAGCGACGAGGAAGAAGGCACUUAUCAACAUCAGGAUCGUGAUGUAUCGGAUUACGAUCCCUUGAAAGGAGAACUAGUAACGUCAAGCGACGAAGAGGAAGAAUCAGAGGAUGGCGAAUAUGAAGUGGACAAUCUUGGUAACAGCGUUUACAGGCCACGUCAGAAAGCUGCCUCGAGCAUAAGUAGUCCAGACGCAUACCACGCGGAAAAUGCGGGCGAAGUUGCUGGCGAUCCAGAAUCCAGUGUCGACGAGCAUCCAAGUUCUUCUGAAGAGGAAGUGGAGGAGGAAAACUCAGACCGUGAAGUGGACGACAAUGAACCUCCUGUUGCUGCUACUGUUGCUGAUUCCAAUGGUGGUGUUCCUACUGCAACACCACUCACGGCUUCUACGGUGCCGGCGGGCCCACUUACGUAUGCACUGCGGUCCGUCAUUGUGCACUAUGGCUCACACAACUACGGCCACUACAUUGCCUUCCGGAAGUUUAGGGGCCUAUGGUGGAGAAUUUCAGACGAAAGUGUGUAUGUUGUGGAAGAAGCAGAGGUUCUGUCCACGCCAGGCGUGUUUAUGAUGUUCUAUGAGUACGACUACAACGAGGACGCCGGCAGGAUGAACGACGACCUGCCAUGGGAGGAUACAGAGGACGAGAACGAGAACGAGAAACACGAGCCUACAGGUUAA